AGGCGUUCUACUGGCUGGUUAAGCAGAUUCCUUGAAGAUCUUGUCCAAAUCGUCUUUGUCUCUGGCACUACCGACCAACAGGUAUUUCAGCCCGACUCCUCUUCAGAUAACAUUGACAAGGCUAUACUUGGCCCUCUUGUAUCUAUGUCUGGCGUUGACUCCGACACUUGCUCUGAACGACGUGUUCUCAAUUGGGCCAGACAGCGUUUCCUGUUGGCGCAGCGGGCGAAAGCAGGCCAACCACACGAAAACGAGUUAUCGAGGCUGCCUCAGACAGAUCUUAUUGACGUUCGCGCUAGCUUACUGCUUUUUAACUCUUAGUGAAGCUUACUUUAGAGAAUUUAGGACUAGUAAUAACUCAUUUGAUUAA